UGCUCCGAAGUUUGCGGUUCAGUUCGGAGCGCCAUAGCCGCGAUACAUAGUAGGCUGGCUGGCACUUGGCUGGCAGGCAGGCAGCGAGUAUUAAAGAGCGCGCGCGAUGAUUAUGUUGUGCCGUGCCCGUGCCCCGUAGUUAAAGUAGCACUCGGCAGCAGCCUGUCCAUGUCCGUCUGGAAAUAAAUUCGCUCGCGACUGUCAACCGUUGAAAGACUCUCGGGACUGUGUGUGUGUGUGUGCAUGUGCAAAAAAGUGUGCGAGUGCGUGCGUGCGUGUGACUGUGCAUGUGCGCCCCUCGUGAGCGAGCUCGACUCGACUCGGCUCUUGCAUCGACGAGCAGCGAGACAUAUUUUUAUACACAAAACACUGCACUGUGCACACUGUAGUAUCGGAUCGCUCGGAGCGCAUAUAGUAUAUACAGGGGCACGGCCGUGUGCGUGCGUGCGUGCGUGCAUAGCAGCGCAUCCCAUGAAUGCCUCUGUUAUACACACACAUACUCGCGGAGAGUCAUGAUUUGACCUUGUAGCAGUCGUCGUACUACUGCUACUACUACAACUAUUACUCCUCUGCCGCCGCGGCUGCUGGCUAUACCGCUGCUCUGCCUACUCCCAUCGUCGUAGCAAUUUUUGCUGGCUGCUGCUGCGUCCUAUAGGCGUGUUGUGUUGUUGGUUCCGCACACGCUCGACACAAACAACAACUGCCAUCAUGACCGUGGACUUUGCCGAUUAUUUUUGGGGUGAGAAGAACAAUGGCUUCGACGUGCUCUAUCACAACAUGAAGCAUGGCGUGGUGGCCAGCAAGGAGCUGGCAGACUUUCUUCGUGAAAGGUCUGUCAUGGAGGAAAACAAUUACAAAUUGCUCAGCAAGGUGGCCAAACAAGCCAGCAACAGUAACAGUACACAAGGCACCUUUUCACCCAUCUGGACGGCACUGAGGACAGCUGCUGAAAAGCUUGCCGGUCUUCACUUGCAGUUGGCCCAGAAAGUUUCUGAAAUUAUAAAAGACGUUGCCAAGUAUUCCGACGAGCUCCACAAAAAGCAUAAAAAUGUGAAAGAAGAGGAAUCCUCGACAUUAGAUGUAGUUCAAAAUAUACAAAGUAUUACUAUCACACUGCAAAAAGCUAAAGAUACUUGUAUGCAAAGAGGCCUUGAAUUAGAAAAACUCAAAAAAGAUAAUGCCAGUCAAAAGGAAUUGGAGAAAGCAGAUAUCAAAUUUAGAAAAGCACAAGAUGACUAUAAAACAUUGGUAGAUAAGUAUACCACUGUUCGCAAUGAUUUUGAAGCUAAAAUGACACAAGCUUGCAGGAGGUUUCAAGAUGUUGAAGAAUCACACUUAAGAAUAAUGAAGGAAUUUUUGAACACUUAUGCUGAUGUUCUUCAAUCAAACCACGAGCAGAUUGGACAAGUUCACAUUGACUUCAAAAGACAAUGCUUAGACAUGACAGUAGAAAAAUUAUUAGAGCAGUUUGUUCAAAGUAAAUAUACAGGAUUUGAGAAGCCAGGUAAUGGUAUAAUCGAAUAUGAUCAAGUUUUGACGAGUAUAGCUGAAAUAACAUCGCAAAGCAGCAUAGACAAAAGCAACGAAACCCAGAACAAAGAAGCAACAAAAGGAGCCAACGGAGAGACCGGCGUAGCGGGUAACUUAGAGGCACUAAAAAAAACUCAAGGGGUUAAAAGGGAGGGUUAUUUAACAAGAAGGGGCAGGUUCAGGCUUGAUAAGGAUAAGGAUGAACAGAACGAAAGGGAGAGCGAAGGUGUAGAAUCUUUGCAGCAGAGCAAAACCUCUCGACGUACCACUUCGCUGCUCAACCUUUUCAUGUCCAACUCCCAGGAGAGGCAAAGACAGCAAGCCGGCUCUGGUUCAGCUCCUGUCACUCCUCAGGACAGUAUGUCUCCUGGCGUGCCUACGGCAAGCAUCUCGAGGAACCCCCUGAGAGGAUCUAAGUGGUUCCUGAGAAGCAGGCGCGAGAAGCGCAAGGAGAAAAAAGCCAAAAAGAAAAAGGACUCGGUCGAGACAUCCGGAAGCAAGGACGAGGCGAAAUCCGAUACCGAGGACAAAGAGCAGGAAUCGUCGCUGAAGAGCGCCGGUACGCCCACGCUCGAGGUCGACGAGGAGGGCUACUGCAUCAAGCCCAAAGCCCCCGACGGCACCUGGGACAGCCAGGAGAAGAGCAACUUCUACUCGAGCUCGGACUCGGACUCGGAGGACGAGCGCGAGCGCAAGAUUCGAGUCGAAAUCAAACCGCUGAGGAACGGCGCUGGGCCCAUGAGCGCGAGCGUCGACGAGCUCAGGGCCACCGUGGAGAAUCUUUCGCUUUCGCCGGCGCCAGGUCUGAUCGGUGGUAGCGGUCAAGGAGGGCUUUCGUCCUUGAGGGGUGGCACGCGCUCGGCUCGAUCGACACCGGCGCCGACGCUGAUGCCACCGCCUCCGUCGUCGUCGCUGCAGUCUACCCGCAGAGGCUCGCAAGCCACAAGUACCGGUUUCGAUCCGGACGGACUGAUGAAACGAUCGCAGUCCGUAUCGCAGCAGCUCAGCAACAACAACAGCGGCAGCAACAGUAAAACGGCCAACAGCGAGCUGCUGCUCAACAGUAUAUUCUCACCGAGCCAGACGCAGCAAUCGAGCGCCUCGACGCCGCUGCAGAGUCCGCCGACGGUGUUGCCGAUGCGCGCCCAGAGCACGCCGAUAGCGGCGAUGAUGCCGCCGCCGCCACAGUCCGCGCCCGCGCGCACCGCCAGCUUCUUCCCCGAGGGCGAUCUGUUCUCCGAGAUGAGCGACGCUCCCGGGCCGGCGCUGCCGCCGAAGCAGCAGCAUCAGCAGAGCUCCAUAGCCAUACCGAGGCCGCCGUCGCGCCGCGGCGACCCGGGCAGCAACGCCAGCGUCAUGAGCAACAACACCCUCGGGCCCUCGGCCAGUCGUGGCCGCAUGUCGCCCGCGACGAUCAGCCGCGCGGACAGCGUGGCCAGCCUCGAGUUCCGGUCCGCCGGGGUCGCCGUGGGAACGUCUCGCGGACCCUCGCCGCUUACCAUCGGCAUGUCCGACACGAUACCUCUUGCCGUGGCUUUUCACGAGAUCGUGCACGCCUACUUUCGCGGCAGCGACGAGUCGCGUUGCCAGGUCAAGCUCGUGGGCGACAUGAUGCUCUCGUUCCCGGCGGGCAUCGUCGCCGUGCUCACGAGCAAUCCCAGCCCGGCCAAGCUGUCGUUUCGGUUGCGCAACAGCGGCCGCCUCGAGCGCCUGGUGCCCAACAGUCAGCUGGUCAACACCGUCGAGAGCCCCUCGGCGGCGGGCUCUCCCUUCUCGCCCACUUCGUCGUCGCAGCAGCAGUCUUCGACCCCGGACUCGUUCGAGUUCAACAUGAGUGCCUUAACUGCGCUGCUGCGACGACAAGCCGAGCAGAAUCCUCAAGCCGCCUAUUUCAACGUCGACAUUCUCAAGUACCAGGUGAAGGCCCGCGACGGAGCUGCCUCCUGUCCCUUUCAGCUCGUAGCCUACUGGAAGACUGGUCCCACGCACACCGAUCUCAAGGUGGAUUACAAGUACAAUAGUCGGGCGAUGGCCGCGCCGAAUCCACUACUGAACCUCCAGUUAUCGGUUCCCAUUGACGGUGGCUUCCGAUCUGUUCAGAGUCAGCCGAAUGCCCAGUGGCUGCCAGAGUCCAAUCGACUAAUUUGGAAGUUUACCGAGCUCUCGCAACUCAGCGACGGUACUGGCGUCGGCUCGCUCAAAGCGCGCGUCGAACUGUCCAAUGGUCCUGGAAAUCAAGGUACCAUCUUCACGCAGUUCAAUUGCGAGGGCACCACGCUCUCGGGCGUCGAAUUUGAACUUGCUGGGCCCGGUUACAGAGUGAGCCUUAUCAAAAAACGAUUUAUAUCAGGUAAAUAUCUUUGUGACGGUGACGUCGAUCUGCGAACCCGAUACGCCGCACCACCGAAUAUCGAAUAAUGAUUUUGUACUCAUGACUCUUGUGACAAUUUGUAAAAAGAUUCUGGUCGCAGAUUCGAUGUUGAAACGGAUGUUUAAUUUAAGUAGUCCGUUAAAAUAAGACAUUUCCCCAAGAAUUCCAUAGUGAUUUAUGUGUCGUUGUCGUUUUGAACUUUUCACCGAUGUAAGAUUAGCCUCUAUGAAAUUUCAGAAUGUAGAUAUUUAUGUAUGUAUAAAAGUAACAGCCGCGUAUGUUCGCAUUUUUUUUUGCGACUGAAUUAAUCGGAGGCUAUACGAUUGUAGGACCUUAACUUGUUUGUAAAAAUGUAUAUUGUGCAAAGGAAUAAAUUUUUAUACAACCUCCGAGUGAAAAUAUACUUCCAUACAAUUUAUUUGUUUACACGAUCGAUAAAUUUGUUCAUUGUGACUGAAUGAAUUGUAUUAAUUAUUGAAUACAUUAACUCAAGUGCCUGUCAACGUGUAUUGUAAAAUUAAUGUUAACUAUAUGUGUCACAAAUUCAUCACGGCUACCUCCAACCGUUGACACUUGUGUGGACUAAAUGCCGAUGAAUCAUAACACUUGCAUUGAUUAAUUUUGUGUAAGUUUUCAAGUUCUUGUAGUUUUAAGUUUUACGAUUUUCAAUUAUGUCCAAGAUUAUCGCUGAAGUUUAGGAUAAUGAGUUUUUUAAGUUUCGCAGAUUAUUAAGAUUGUUGCUUUAUUGCUUGAAAAGCAGUAAAAAUAUUUUAAUUUACCAUCUUAUUUAAGUUAUUUAUAGAACCAAAGAGUUUUCAAGCUCAAAGAUUUAAUUUAUAUAUUAAAAGCAUUCUCUCACACAAACAUUACGUAUAAAAAAAUAUAUAAAUAUAUAUUAUUGUUAUAAAGGUAAUAAAUAUAAAUCAUCGAAAAUUUAAAA